GUGUGUGUGUGUGUGUGUGUGCCGGUCAACUCUUUAAGAGGAGGCUUCCCCCUCAGUCUGACAACAGUCUCACCUGGGACAGCUGGUAAAACGGACGUGAUCUCUCUUCACCCGGGGAACGUGACCUCUAUAUAAGCUACAGCCAUGGCUCGUUUGGACUUGGUCAUCACAAACAUUGUGGAUGUAUUUAUGGACUAUGCUGAUGAUGAAGGCAAGAAACAGCAGCUAAACAAAGAAGAGCUCAAGAAGAUGCUGGAGCAGGAAAUACAAAGUCCUGAGUUAAAAGGUCAUAUCAAUGCAGAUGACAUCGGGGAAGCCAUGGAGAUGCUGGAUAAAAACCACGAUGGCGAGGUCAACUUCCGAGAGUUCUGUCGGUGUGUGAGUGUCCUGGCCAAAUGCUACUACCACAAGAAGAUAGGCAAGGGCGGCAAGAGAUGCAAGGGCAAAGAACAAGAAGGUGAACAAGAAGACUGAAGAACAACCCCUUAAAAUGUAUGUAACACCGUAAUAUUUAAAAAUAUUUAAUACACAGGACAUUCACAGUAUGUGUAUGUGACCCUGAAAACAGAUGAUGCUAGUAUUAGACCAUUUGCACAUCCAUCAUGAAACUUAAGUUUGUUAUUUGUGUUUUAAACUUGCAUGCAAAAUGUGAUAUUCACUGCGUUCGUACCUCUGUCAUCUGGUUUUCGAAGAACUUUCCAAUCGAUAUCUACUGAAAAAUAAAUAAAAGCAAUGAAGUCUGA